GUUGGUUCUAGCAACAUGGAGGAUGAUGUCAGCUUGAAGUUCCGUCAGCAGCUUCUCCUUAUUGAUGAAAAUCUGGUGUCUGAAGAUGUAGCAGCUUUAAAAUUUCUCUGUACUGACUUGCUCCCCUUCAGAAAACUAGAAGGUGUGAAGUCAGCAGUGGACAUCUUUCAGCUUCUCAUGGCUGAAGAAUAUCUGAAUGAGGAAGAUACUUUCCUACUAGCUGAACUCUUAUACAGAAUUAAAUGUCACUCCUUGCUCAAUAAACUUGGUUAUACCAAGGAGAAAGUGCAAGAAUGCCUGCAUGAAAAGGGAAGAGUGUCUCCAUAUAGGCAGAUGCUGUAUGAAUUGUCAGAGAACAUUACUGAUGAGAUGUUGAAGGAUAUCAUAUUCCUCCUGCAAAACUGUCUUCCAAAGCGACGGAUAACUCUUUCUGCUCUGGAAUUGCUGAUUUUAUUGGAAAAACAAGGCCUUUUAACUGAAAACAAUGUACAGAUGCUGGAAGAAGUCUGUAUGAAUGUUUCACCUGAUCUCCUGGAAACAGUAAACUGCUACAAAAGGGCAAAAGUGUCUCUGCCUCAGCAGGAGAACAGUGUGCCAGUCAAGGAAUCUUCACUGUCUCACACUGGACACAUCAGAGUAUUCUCUUCCCCACAGGAGACCUCAAUCAAACCUGUCAAUUCUAAUAUCAAUGAUUACAAAGCAGCUAAUCUUUUACAAUGGUCCCCUGAAAUGAAGCUGGAGCUGUCUGGAGAAUUCAGCAAUAUAGAAAAUGAAUCCAAGAAAAUGACAAGCUACAAAAUGGAUGGACCGCACAGAGGGUUUUGUCUUGUUAUUAAUAAUGUUAACUUUGAAAGGUCUCUUCAGGAGAGGAAGGGUUCUUGCAAAGAUGCUGAGGAACUGAGGCGAGUAUUCACAUGGCUUGGUCUGGAUGUGAGGACCUACACAGAUCUGACGGCUCAGGAGAUUAAAGAACUCAUGCGAACUUGGCAGUGUUGGCAAGAUCACAAAGACAGGGACUGUUUUAUAUGUUGUAUUCUAUCUCAUGGAGAGUCAGGAGCAAUCUAUGGGAAAGAUGAGGAACUUGUAUCAAUCCGCAUGAUCAUGUCCCACUUCACUGCCAAACAAUGUCCACAGCUGGCUGAAAAACCCAAACUCUUCUUUAUCCAAGCAUGCCAGGGUAAAGACAUACAGUGUCCUGUCUAUGUUGAAGCUGAUGCACAAAUUCCUGACUUGUCUUCCAUGCAACAGAACAUUUCUCCUUCUGAAAGUAUUCCUGAAGAGGCUGAUUUCCUCCUAGGCAUGGCCACAAUUGACGGAUAUGUCUCUUUCCGGCACGUUCAACAGGGUACUUGGUAUAUUCAGGCCCUGUGCAGCAAGCUACAGUUGUUGGUACCAAGGGGUGAAGAUAUUUUGUCAAUUCUUACAGAAGUUAAUGAAGAUGUGGGCAAACGUGUUGACCGCUUGGGGACAAAGAAGCAGAUGCCCCAACCAGCAUAUACCUUAAGAAGAAAAUUUAUAUUUCCCAUACCUAGAGACCCUCCUCCUUCACAGCAACAUUGA